GAUGAGCUGCACCAUCAAUUCAGUGAAAAAAGUUCAAGAUCAUCAUGAAGCAGUUCACGUCCUUAACGCUGGUAGCGACUAUCUUCGCAUCCACAACGGUGGCACUGGAUUGGUACGCCCUAACACAGGCCAACUACGCAGCUAUCCAGACGGGACUUUCCCAGCUGAACGAUGCAGCCUCGCAGAUGAACCAGUCGAUCACCGAACAGCAAAACCGCAUUCAAUCCGCUAUGGAUGAAAUAGAUGCCUACGUGCAGCAGUCUUUGUUCGGGAUGUUGUAUCAGUAUCAGAACUUGAACGUAUCCCUUCCUUUGAUACAGAACCUAGUGGGAUCCGUUUACAAGGUCGGCGGUUACAAGUGGUACAUACAGAUGCUUGCAAAUGAUUACAAGAAAACGGUCACCAACAAUGUGAUGAUUCCGGCUCAGUCGACCGUUCAGAGUAUCCUGAACGCCAUGACGACCUUCUUCGCAAAUCAAUAUCAGGGUUGUGCCCAGCAGUACGCGCCGCAGCUGGUACAACCUCAGCUCUCCGUCGGUAGACUGCAGGUCUGCAUCACCGCUGCUAUCCCGUACUUCAAGGCACUGGCAGAUACGACGAUGUCGAUGUUCGGCUACGGUAAAACAGGUGUGACAACGAUUCUUGGCUUUUUGAAUCAAUGUUCGCCCAGUUCGACUGACUGCGUGCAAAAGUUCUUGGGUGAUGCUCCCAGUCUUCUGAACAAUAUGGUGAUGGCCAUCACGAAUCUACAAUCGUUGCCCAACGCGUUCAUCCAACCGGGAGUUCCAGCCGUCAAGGAGUGCACCGAUCUGAUAAUGUCGGACAUUCAGCAAACUCUGCAAGGCCUUGUUAACAAGACGAGCUCCUGCUAGGAAGAUUUGGUUUCACUGUUAUUGGUAUUAUGAAGAAACUUGUCGAAUUGAAUUUUUGUUCGGUAAGAAAGCAAUGAAUUAUUGAAAUUUCUCACUAUCAA